CAACUUUCCGCUUGCUGCCACCCGUUUUCGUAUUUCCAGACGUCCGAUCUGGCACCACGCUUGCACAGCAAACAUGAGCAAAUCCAUCAACGCACGAGGCGCCGGCCCCACACCAAAAGGCCGCGGACCAUCGUCUCCCAGCGUAUCGAACCAAGUCGUCAAAGCCGCCAACGAUCCACCCGCACUCCCCACCCACCUCCCCCACACCACCGGCGGCGGGACCGCAUACGCCCUCCACUCGCCCGACGCACCCUUCCCAUCCCUCGCCUUCCCCACCACCCGAUCUCCAAAGACACCGAUCAUCCCACCCACGUCAACCCUCCCCCUCUCCGACCGGCCCUUGAUGUGCGCCGACUACGACCACGAUAAGAGGUGUAUGGUGGUUGGGUGCGCCGACCACGCGUUGUACGAGGCGACCGUCGUGCGGGGGGUGGUGGGUGGGCCGGGGGUGGGAUUGCGGACGGUGCGCACGCUGUACGGGAAGACGGCGGGGCAUUCGGAGUGGGUGACGUGUUGCGCGUAUGUGCCGGGUGGAGGCGGGGUCGUCAGCGGGGGAAUGGACUCCACCCUCCACCUCUGGCACCCCACCCUCCCGACCAGCACCCCCCUGCACGGCCACCAGGGCUCCAUCACCCAUCUCGCCUGCUCCUCUGGGCCCUCCUCGAUCGCUGUGUCCUCCUCCUACGACGGCACCCUCCGCGCCUGGUCCCUCCGCACCCACACGCCGCUCGCAAUCUGGGGCGGCGACAUCGACGGCGCCCUCGCCCGCGGCGACUACAUGGCCGCGACACGGAACCCGGUGUUGGGGUUCCGCUGGGACGGGGCCAGGCUGGUCUCGCUUACGAAGUCCGGGCGGAUAUGCGUGUUCGAUACGGGGGUUGCGAUGAGCCGGCCGGUGACGAGUAUCCAGGCGCAUCAGGGGGCGACGCGGCAUGUGGUGACGGCUGUGUCGUGUCCCGAGAUAUUGACGACGGCGGGGAACUUGGAUGGGUGUUUGCGGAGGUUUGAUUUGCGCGUGUCUGCGGAGCGGGGGAGGUGUGUGCGCAAGAAUGAGAGUUUGCAUAGAGGUGGGGUUACGAACUUGUUGGCGAUUCCGGGUGGGGGGUUGGUGACGACGGGGGGUGGGGAUGGGACCGUGAAGGUUGUGGAUGCGGACUCGCUCGCUGUGGUGAGGGCAGUACAGGUGGUUGAUGUACCUGCGCAGGAGGUGGGGAGUCCAAGGGCGAGUGUUUAUGCGAUGGCGGUGACACAACAAGGUGUCGGAGUGUGUGCGUUUGGGGAUGGGGUUGUGCGGGCGGUUGAUCUUGAGGGGGGAAAUACGGUUGCGGUGCUGGAUGCACGCGCUGAGGGGAUCCGGAACGCUCUACGCGACAUCCGGAUCGUGGAGGAUGAUGUGGUGCUGGGGUCGGGGGAUGAUGGGAUUGUUGUUGCGUGGAAGCUGUGAUGGAAAAAUCGU